AUGAGUAAGCGGCGCAGACUCUUCUCGAACGCGAUGACAACAGUCCCAACAAAUAAUAUGCGACGUCCUCGACCCAGCAUUACCUGGGAACACUUGUGGCCACUGAGUGAAACACAAGAAGCCUUGUCGAAAUCGCCAUUUGUCGACGUACCUACUGAGGUGAUAUUACACAUAUUUCAAAUGCUGUCCGUGCGUGAUCUGGGACAUGUUUCACUGGUUUGUCGUUCAUUCAAAAUGAUUGCUGGCCAAGACGAAAUCUGGAAAUCAAAAUGCAAUACAUCGACAAAAUUGCAUUCAAAAUCAUUCAAACAAAUUUAUAUGGAUUGGAUCUAUGAAAAAUAUUUACGAAAUGAAGAAUUAGAAAGAGUCGAAGCUAUGUAUGCUAAAAAAAUGCGAGGCGUAGCUUGUGGAAGGAGAUGCGGACCGCCUCGCUAUCCUGUUAGGCCGGCUGGCAACCAUCGAUUUGCGCCCAUUGGUGGAUUUAAUCAGCAUCCAAACGAAUCUCAAGAUAUGACUAUCGAAUUGUCGGUUGACGUCGACAAAGCGGCUCGAGAACUCAUCUCAUUGUUGGAAAAGGCGUCGACGUUUCAGGUCGAAUGGCGUCAACCAGCAGUAAUCAAACAGAUGAUGACGAGAUACAAUCGAUUCAUGCAAUUGAAAGCUUCAUGUUCACACAAUAUCCUACUUAUUCCUACGUUGGAUAUCGAAAUCGUUUGGCAAACACAUCUGCUAAGAUCUGAAAUGUACCGAGCAGAUUGUCUUCGCUUGUUCCAUCGAGUCAUCGAUCAUUCCUUAUUGACCAGUGACAUUGAACAAUUCCUGAAAGAGCAAGCGUUCGUGGACACUUGUCAACUGUACGAACAGCGAUUCGGCGAACAAUAUUGUCCGUUGCCAUCAGUCAACGAAGAGAAAACGCCCGCUCCAAAAUAUGUUCAUCCUGUUUUUGGUUCACUUAAAUGCCUCAUUCCUGUCUAUUUCUAUUGGGAUCAAACAUAUUUUGAAUUUCAAUCCAAACCGUCCACGAAUGACGAAGCGAAUCCCUUUUCUUUCACCGAGGCCGACAUUAUUCUUGAUGGAAAUUGGCUCGAUUUGUGUAAACGUUUUAUGGCUGAAAUGAGGUUAAAGGUCCCUAUUCACUACUAUUACGACAGCAAAUUGAGUCCAAUCGAUCUGAGUACAGCAGCAAUAAAACGAUUGAAAAAAUCCUACGAACGAUUUUUAUACAUGGCAGCCAGAUAUCCACCAACAAAUGGAUAUGAUUUUGUGCAUCCCACUUAUGCGAUUGACAUCAUUUGGCAUUCUCAUAUGCAAGAACCAUUGAAAUAUGCUUCUGACUGUGUCCGUCUGGUCGGCUACGUCAUCGAUCAUGCACCAUGGCCAUCGGUGGACGAAAAUAAGAUGAAGCAAUCUUGUGAUGAUACAAGUAACAGCUGGAAACGGGAAUUCAACAGCGAGAUGUCAACAGAUCAUCUCUACAAUACUAUCAAUGACAGCUAUGAUCAUUGGAGUGACUGA